CGGAGGCUCCGCCUCCUCCCCCAGGGGCGUCAGGGGGGAGAUGGCGGGAAUGGAGCCGGCUGGGAGUGACUUGAGUAGUCAUUUAUGGCAUCAUUGUUCUCAUGAAGAACUCUCACUUCUUUCAGAUAGUCUUAAAAUCUGUGGACAUCCCGAGGACUGGAAUCUGAAUUUGGAUUUCACUGCACGUUAGAGUUUCGAUUUGUCUACUAGCAACUGCAGAAAAUUAAUGAAUUUAACUACAAAUACCAGUGAUUUCUGUCAAUGCACCUGCACAUCACCUCAAGGACAUCACAACAUGCCGCUGUGCUUUUUUGAAGUCCAGAUUGCCUGGUCUGGUGGAAAUAUUUCAGGUGGAGAUAUACAGGUGCAAGCUCUGCCAUUUAAUAAGGAGGAUCAAAAGUAAGAUCAGGAUGCACCUGGCUCAAAUGUGUGAGACAGAUAUGGCAGGUCAAAUUUCAGGGUAUCCUAAAAUGGACAAAAGUGAAGAUGAGUCAUAUAGCAUGGGAGAUGAAAAUAAUGAAAGCAAAUAAACUCUUGCAAAAAAUAACUGUCCUGUUGCCUGUGUAUCAGAUGCCUCAAAAUAUGAGUCCUCACUAUUGUGACAUGAGCCUGAGCAUAAUCCUCAUGCCUCUCACUCCUGUGAAGUGAACACCUUGUUUGGAGAAGCAGCAGCUCAUUUGCAGCUUGAGGAACCCUGCAGUGCUGACUUCUCUUCUAUAUUCCAAGAGAAAGGAUGGAGAAGCCCAGUCUGUGAGUCUUAGCGUCUCUAUCAUUUUACAGUGUUAGAACUCAGACCUUUGCUGGGGAGAUAAAAACUGCUAAAGCUGAAUCGAGGUGUAAACAUUACAACAAAAAUAGCUGCAAACUUGAUGUGAAGGGUCAGCUCGUUCUGUGGAAGAUGCUUGUACCUUAAAGCUGGGUUCUGAGAGAAGGCAGCACUUUUGCAACAUGUGCAAUAGAGCACUAGAGCCAAAAGAUGCUGAGCAAAUCCAUUGAAAGGGUCAUGAUGUGGAUCGUGGUUUUAAAUGUGUUUAUUGUCCCAUGACCAAGUGGAUCUUAAUAGAAAAUCGCUGAAAAAUCACACAAGCAGAUAAAAGAAACCUACCAGUGCCUCAUCUGUGCAAGUGAUGUCACAAGAUGCCUGGAGAGUGAAUAAAAACAACCAUUAGAGGCAACCUCGUCCCAGUGCAUGGUAUAUCUGUCCUCUUCUGAAACUGAGCAGAUAAGAAAUCUUCAUGUAGCUUGCUUACCAUUAUCAGGAUAUGGUUAGAUGUCCACACAGUGAUUUUACCAGUCCUGUUAAAUGUAGACCCUUUUAGGGUCACUUGCUUCAGCUCCAUCACAAUAUCCUUACAUGUGUUGGUGGUGCCUUGACCACUGAACCACACUGGAGAAACUGGUGUACACUGAAUUGGAGGGUCAGUUUACGUAAUUUGUUUGUUAAUUGGCAAUCCAGAGAACCGUUGAAGGAGCGUAUGGAAAAUCACACAACUUCUACAUCAGUUUUGUCUUCGUUUUGGGACCAAGUAUUCAAAACCAGACAUCAAAUGAGUGGACAUCACAAACAAAUCCAUCAUGAAAAACCAAACCCACAAAUGAAAGAGAGGGACAGAAGACAGAAGCCUGAAGAUAAUCCUGUGUGCUCCAACACAAAAGCAACUAGAAAGAAGGAUUCAAGUCAAUUUAAAUGCAAUACCUACAAUAGGGCUGAAGUAUUUAUCUAUACUGAAUCUGGAUUUCCCGAUUUGAUGUUGAUAUUGCUUGCGUGGAAAGAAAUAAACACAUGUUUUAGGAGCUUGCUGAAAUUGGAAGCAUUCUUACAGUUAGCUCUGCAGAAACACAUGGGAAUGCAUGCUGGCAUCAAAGCCUUUCAUUGCCAGCACUGUGACUAGGAAACAAUCUCUCUGAUACAGCAGAUGCAAAUGCAUACAGGCGAGAAGCCUUUCAAAUGUGAAAUCUGCUCUUAUGCCUCUAUGUGGCACUUGCAAACACAUGCUAGUGAGACACCAUGUGAAUGUUGCCUUUGUUCAUAUAGUUGCAUUCAGAAGAAGAGCUUGGACCUUCACAUACACUGACCUCACACUGGUGAGGUGUUUGGUUGUGGUUUUUGCUGCUCUUCUUUCCCUGGCAAACAACUUCUCUGAAAACAUAUUAGGAAAUAUCACCUGGGUUCAGGAACCUCAUUAACCAGUUCCCAGCCCAUCUUUACCUUCAAAUUACUCCUUGUGGAACAUUAGGCUCUUCAUGCUUAAACUUCCACCUGAGCAUCCCAGCAAAUAAAGAAGCUGUUGGCAUGGUCAGGCUUUUGUGCUGAAAGCCAAGGAUUAUCUGCAAGAAGAGAAGAAAUGGCCCUUAUGUGGCAAUUAAAAGAACUUAGUAUGGUCUUUCCAAAGUACUUUGUGUGAGGUAUGGUACAGGUGGUAACUUUAGUGUGCUGAGAGUAUCGUAGAGAUUUAUCUUGCACAAAGGGUGGACAUGUUGAUUUUUGGUCUGGUUACCUCUUACUCAUACAUUCUGCUUACUUACUAAUGAAGAGUUUGACAUUUCAAGGCAGAAUCUGUUGAAAAGCGUCAAAGCUGACAGUGAACCCUACAGGUGGUUUGUGUAUUACAUCUUUCAUUUUUAAUGCAGUCUGUAUAAAACAGUAAAUGACUCAAGAAAAUGUACUGAUGCUGUGGCAUUCAAUGUGGU